AUGUUCAACCAGCAGCAGGGGCGUCGUGGCGGGCGCGACAACCACUACAACCAAGGAGGUGGCUACGGCAUGGGCGGCGGCGGCGGUGGUGGCGGUGGUGGAGGGGUUGCGCCGACGUCAUGGGAGGGCAUGUACGACGACGUGCCCCAGCCCAACAUCCCUCAGGUUGGAAACGGGCGGGGAGGGUUCAACAAACGCGGCGGAGGUCACCAGCACAUGGUCCAGGUGCCCACCGACCCGGCCAACGCCCCUCCGGCCAACGCCCCGACGGGACCGAAGAACGCCGGACGGCCAGGCGCCAACUACCGAGGCGGCGGCCGUGGUGGCAACCGUGGCUUCCACCCCUAUGCGCGUGGCUAA